AUGACUCUGGCUGCUUACAAAGAAAAGAUGAAGGAGCUGCCCCUCGUCUCCCUCUUUUGCUCCUGUUUCCUUUCGGACCCUCUGAACAAGCCGGCCUACACCUAUGAAGCAGACACGGUAGACCUGACCUGGUGUGUCAUCUCUGACAUGGAAGUCAUCGAGCUCAACAAGCGGACCUCAGGACAGUCCUUUGAGGUCAUCUUGAAGCCCCCCUCCUUCGAUGGCAUCCCUGAGUUCAACGCCUCCCUGCCCCGGCGGCGCGACCCGUCCCUGGAGGAGAUCCAGAAGAAGCUGGAGGCGGCGGAGGAGAGGAGGAAGUACCAAGAGGCUGAGCUGCUGAAGCAUCUGGCAGAGAAGCGGGAGCAUGAGCGGGAGGUCAUCCAGAAGGCCAUCGAGGAGAACAACAACUUCAUCAAGAUGGCCAAAGAGAAGCUGGCACAGAAGAUGGAGUCCAACAAGGAGAACCGCGAGGCCCACUUAGCAGCCAUGCUGGAGCGCUUGCAGGAGAAGGACAAACACGCAGAAGAAGUGAGGAAAAACAAGGAGCUCAAGGAAGAAGCCUCCAGGUAAAGAGGCGCUGGUUGGACUGACAGCUCCAGGGAG